CGCCAGGUCAAGGUUUGGUUCCAAAAUCGCCGCAUGAAACAAAAACGGCAACGCCAAAACCGCGAAACGCCCGAAGAGGAACCCCCCAACCCCGGCCUGGAUGAGGGAAGCGACCCCGCCGAGGAACCAGAGGGUUCUCCGGGUUUAGGCGCGGGUUUAGGCGCGGGUUUAGGCCCGGCUUUGGAGGGCGGAGGGAUCGCGGGAGUUGAUCCCGAGUCGCCCGCGCUGCCGGAGCUGAGGCUGAGCCCGGCUGAGCCCGGCUUAGAGGUGGCCCCGGGAUUUUCUCCGGUAGCCCAGGGAUUUUCUCCGGUAGCCCGGGAAUUUUCUCCGGUAGCCCAGAGGUUUUCUCCGGUAGCCCGGGAAUUUUCUCCGGUAGCCCAGGGAUUUUCUCCGGUAGCCCGGGGGUUUUCUCCGGUAGCCCGGGGGUUUUCUCCGGUAGCCCAGGGGUUUUCUCCGGUAGCCCAGGAAUCUCUGGAGAGCCCCCUGAACCUCUCCGAGGAGGAGUUGGACUUGUUCACCCGCGCGCUUUGUGCCAUCGAUCUGCAGAAUUUCGCUUUGCAGUAGCGGGGGUUUGUCCGCUCCCGCCUAAGUCGGGUUUUAUCUCCCGUUCCCGGCCCCAUUCCAGCCCCAAAUCCGACCUAAA